AUGAACCAUUUUUUCGAUGCUCCAAUUCCUGAUGCUGCUACACCAGUGCAGCAAGAGCAUGCCAUGCAUCCUUAUCAUGACAUGUACAUGCAAGAAUUUCAGUCGUUGCAUGCUGAAAAUAGGCUUUUGCAUCGUGACUAUUCUGACCUGUAUGAGAGUGCUUGUGAGAUAAAUACAGAGAUGGUGGAGUUGACAGAAGAGUUUUAUGCUUUUAAAGAAAGCCAACAAACGCACAACCAACAUAUGGACACCCUUAUGAAUGACAAUCAUCUAGUCCUUCGCUUGGUUGGUCAACCCACACGACCAUCCUACUAUCCCGCCUAUCCACAUCCACUCCCACAACAACCGCCACAAAACCAACAACAAUAUCCUCCAUAA